CUGUGACGCCACUAGCCAAGCCGGCCAGCUUGCUCCCCAGACAAGCUCAGAGAUCAUCGGUUUAACCUGUCCCCUGCAAGCAGCAACAAUACGGCCUGCAAGGCAGGGUGACCGGCCACUCACUUCCCUUAUUCGCAUCAGUCACCUCCUGCAGAAUGUGAGCCACUUCCGGGUUUCAAAGUCAGCAAGCUCACCAUGGCUCAGACUGUGCUGGGACAGCUCCUGUUCGCUUGCUGCGUUUUGUCCGGACUGCACUCAUUCGACCUAAACCAGAGACCCAUUAUCGGCAUAUUGGUCCAGGAAACAUUUGAUCCAAAUCUCCUUCCAUAUGGGAAAUAUUACAUUGCUGCACCCUAUGUGAAAUAUCUGGAGUCUGCUGGCUGCAGAGUGGUACCAGUCAGGCUGAAUUUGACAAACGACGAAUAUGAAAAGAUUUUUUCUUCAAUAAAUGGCAUCCUCUUUCCUGGUGGAUCAUCUGAUGUGAAGACAUCUGCCUUUGCCAAAGCUGCAAAAACAUUUUACAACCUCGCAUUAAAGGCAUUUGAUGCUGGUGAUUAUUUUCCAAUAUGGGGAACCUGCCUUGGAAUGCAGUUGCUGACUGUGCUUACUGCUGGGAAGAACUUACUAAUAAAUACUGACACAGAAAACAUUGCUCUCCCACUUAACCUGACUCAUGCUGCAGAAUCAAGUAAAAUGUUUCAGAAAUUUCCUCCAGACGUGUUCCGGGCUUUAUCCCGUGAAGCACUGACUGGGAACUUCCAUCAUUUUUCUCUUUCUGUGAAGGAUUUUCUACAAAAUGAAGAACUGAGGAAAUUCUAUUCAAUUCUGUCCACUAAUUAUGACAGAAAGGGUGUGCAGUUUGUGUCGACUAUGGAGGGUAUCCAAUAUCCUUUCUAUGGGGUCCAGUGGCAUCCAGAGGUUAAUCGAUUUCAGUGGCAGCAGCAUGUAUCUUUCCCACAUUCUCCGAAUGCUGUUCAAGUCUCCUAUCUGCUGUCUGACUUUUUUGUGAAUGAAGCCCGGAAGAACUUCCAUCAUUUUUCAAACCUGAAGGAAGAGGAGGCAGCUCUGAUCUAUAACUACAGUCCACGCUUUGUGCCCACAUCCAGCUACAUCCAAGUCUAUUUUUUUUAAAGAAAUUUUAUGAAUUAUCCACAAAUUAAAUUUGAGCAGGAAACCCAAUAUUCCCACUUCACAAUCAUACUUAGCUGCUUGGACAGAAAGAAGCAAUCUGACUAUCAACUGGAACCAAAAGGACAGUUUAAAGUUAGGACUCUCAUUGCAUUACCCAAGUACUGGGGGAAAAAUAUUAAUUUGGUAUUUAAUCACUUGAUAAGUUAGCCACUUGUUCUUUGUAUAAUUUUCAGAUUAACUUUCAUUACACUGUUAUUCUGGAUUAAGUAUUCAACUUGUUCUAUUUUCCAUACUACUGCAGUUAAAAUAUUAUGAUAUCAAAAUUGCUUCACUGGCGGUCAAGUGAUUGAAGGUGUUUGUGACAACCACAACCAAAGAGGCACUUAUUUUAUAUCAACAGUGCAGAUUGCAUCAUUUCUACAAUGUCUGACUAAACCGCUUCAAUAAACAUUCUUUCCACAA